AUGAGUGUAUUAUUAGAGACAACUGUAGGUGAUAUUGUGAUUGAUCUUUAUACAGAAUACGCGCCAAAUACUUCAAAAAACUUCUUAAAACUAUGCAAAGUUAAAUAUUAUAACUUUUCUCCUGUAUACAAUCUUCAAAAAGACUUUUCUUUUCAAACAGGAGAUCCUUUAGGUCCAGAUGGGGAUGGUGGUACAAGCAUUUGGGGGCUUUUAGGAGGACCACGUUUUUUCCCUGCAGAAAUCCAUCCAAAACUUAAACAUAAAGAGCGUGGAACCGUCAGUAUGGUUACAGCAGGUAAAGAAAAUGGAAAUAUUAAUGCAGGUUUCAGUGGCUCUCAAUUUUUUAUUACACUUGGUGAUAAUCUUGAUUACUUAAAUGGAAAAUAUACAAUUUUUGGAAAAGUAGCAGAAGGUUUUGAUACUCUUGAGACAAUAAACAAUGCGUAUUGUGAUAGCAACAUGCAACCAUUUAAAGAUAUUAGAAUUAAACAUACAAUUAUUCUAGAUGAUCCAUUUCCAGAUCCAGAAGGACUAGUUGAACCAGAGAAAUCACCUCUUCCUUCAAAAGAACAACUUGCUACUGUUAGAAUUGGAAAUGAUGAAAAAUUUGAUGAAGAUAUGGAUGAAGCUGAAGCAGAAAAACUACGGAGAGAGCGAGAAGCAAAAGCUCAAGCACUGACAUUGGAAAUGAUAGGCGAUCUUCCUUUUGCGGAAGUAAAACCUCCAGACCAUGUUCUUUUUGUUUGCAAAUUAAAUUCAGCAACUCGAGAUGAAGAUUUAGAGCUAAUCUUCUCUCGUUUCGGAAAGAUAAUCAGCUGUGAAAUUAUCAGAGAUAGACGUACAGGUGAUUCUUUACAAUAUGCUUUUAUCGAAUUUGAAAAAAAAGAGGAUUGCGAACAAGCAUAUUUUAAAAUGCAAGAUGUAUUGAUUGACGAUAAACGAAUUAAAGUAGAUUUUUCGCAAUCUGUCUCAAAACUUUCAGAUUCUUGGAGGAUGGAAACAAACUGGAAACGUAAAAAUGCAGUACAGAAAUCAUUUGCAGGUUCUACAUACUUAGAAAAGGGAAAAGCAUAUCAAGAGUAUAGAAAUGAUGAUUAUAGUAUGGUUUUUAAUGAUUAUGAUUUAAAGAAAAAAUAUUACAAAACAAAAGAUCAUUACAAUAAAAGUAAACAUGACAGAGAACACUCGUCCCAUAGGGACUUUAAAAGAAAUUCUGAUAGAAAUUAUACUCAUCGUCAUUAUCGGCAUCAAAGUCGAAGCCGAAGUAGAAAUCGAAGUAGGAAUCGAAGUAGAAAUCGAAGUUUAACUCGGAAUUCAAGAAGACAUAGAAACUAG